UGAGGUCAAUGAGACCAUAUUCGCGAGACGAUUUUGCGUAUUUGGUCCUGCUUGUACGUAGGGACGGGUAAAUCAAGGGUAGGAUAAGAUUUCCACGUCUUACGGACUGGAUGCAUCAUACAUGAGGCUCAUCGACCACCUCCACGGUGUACACAGCAGAGCUCAAGGGACUGGUGCUAGUCAAAAUGGUACUUGACGUACAUGCAAGAACCAGCCGCCCCGGCUGGUGCGCCAUAUUCACAGACAAUCAAGCCGCCAUCCAAGCAAUCUGGAACCCAAAGUGUCCAUCAGGGCAAUACAUCCUUGUGGAGACCAUACAAGCACUCGACGAACUCCGAAGCAAAGGGCGGGAAGUGUAGUUCCGCUGGAUCCCAGCACACGUCGGAGUGCCACGCAUGAAAUGGCAGACCAAGCAGCAAAAGAGGCUGCCGGCGUCAACCAAGAUACACAAGGACCCGCUCAACUGCCGCCAGAGCCAGAGUGCCUCCGGAUCCUCAUGGCGACCACGAAAUCCAUCAUCCGUCGAACGAUGAGGGGCGAAUGGGAUCUAUCCUGGGAGACCGCCAAGCAGGGCAGAGAUCUUUUCAAGCUCGGAGUGCGACCGGGCAAAUCGAAAAUCGAUACUCGACACGCACAUCGGAACGCACAGAGCUGUCAGCUCUGUGGUCACACAGAUGCGCACGAGCAUGAUCAGCCUCGAGUUCGAGACCGAGUGCAAACACGUGCGACAGAAGAUCGCGGACAUCAUCGACACACUCUCUUGCCGGAAGAACAACAAGCAGAUCAGCCACGCCGUCCUUGCCGGCGGCUCGUGCGGUGUCCCAUUCAUCAGGGAUCCGAUCGAGAAAACGUUUCCGGGUACCCACAUCGCCAACUCGAAGUGCAGUGCGGUCGUUGCGCGCGGCGCGGUACGCAUCGCGGUACGCAUCGCGGUACGCAUCGCGGCACGGCCGGACAUGAGAUCCAUCGGCGUCGAAGUUGUUCGCCUUGGCCACAGCCGCCCGUUCACGGAAGUGAUCAUGUCUCGCAACACUCAACUUCCACGACGCUAUUUAGAAUGGUAACCGAGAUAAGUCCACGGCCAUGGGG